AUGAUUCGUGUAUCGAACCGUAUCCAAAAGAAAACAAGAUUUCUAACGAAGAAUGAUAAUAAUAAACAAAACAAAUAUCCUAUCAUGUUGAGCCGGUGUGUUCCUUCAUCACUACGUAGUUCAUACAGUUUGAUUGUUGCUCGACACUUAUCAUUGAGUGCGAGCCUUGCCCAACAAAGCAAGCAACAACAAGUGACGGAUCCAAUCCAACAAUUAUUUAUCACCAAAAUCCGUGAAUAUAAUGAAAAACGAAAGCAAACAAAAGAUGGUCUUGUAGAUGCGACGCCUGAAGUUCGCAAAAGUCUCGAAGAUACACUUAACAAACUGAAAAAUGCUUACGGCGCCGAAUCGGAAGACCUUCUUUCCGUACCAAAACUUGAUUUCAAAGAACCUCAAAUCGAAAUCGCUAUUGAAAAACAAGCGAAGGAAAUCAUCAAGAAAGAAAUGAAAAUAACACCAGAAGAUAUUAAGAAAUAUACAGGCCCAUAUGGUUCAUGGUCGCCAGAAUACUUAGCGAGAAAAGAAGCUGAACGCGCCGAAGAACAAAAGAAACUUGAUCAGAAGUCACCUGGUGUUUUGCCUGGUUAA